UAAGUCGUUAAUCAUCCUACUAUAAGCCAAGGCCCUGACGGCCAUCAUUGACCAACAUGCCGCGAAUGAAUCUUGGCCUUCCCUUCCAGACCUGCAAUGUCUACCCAAACCCUUGCAAGUCCACUGUGCAGGGGGCCAAGCUCUUCCGUUGCAGCGCUUGCCACGUCGUGAACUACUGUGGCCUCGAAAGGGAAGAGGCCGCUCUACGGGCCAACCCUGGCGAUGCCAACACCCCACCAGACGCAUUCGAAAACGCCAUGGGCAAUUUCUGGACUUUUCAAGGAACUCGAAGGGAUCAAGACGCGUACGACUUCAUCAAAUGGUAUGCUGUCAAGGCGACCUCGACUUACGAAUGGGGAAACAUGGAACUGCCUUUUCUCGAUUUGAAGGGGGAGAACGCGCUCGAGCCUGUGGAUGAGAAGCCCCUGCACAUUGAUCUCUCCUUCUUUGUAGCCUUGACACUUAUCAAGGUUCGCUUGAUGAAGGACUUGAUGGGACUGCAGGCAUUCGUGAAGAAGAAGCCCAACGCGACAAUCGCCGCUCGGAUGGAAUAUUUGAAGGAGGAAGCUAUGAGUGAUGCAGUUGCCGAAAUGCGGCGUCAGGCGAUGCAACUGUACGAGAAGGUCAAGACGAUGAACCCACACUUCUGGCCAGGUGUGCUUAACCCAGAGAUUUACGCCUAUAGUGUGCCGGGGAUGUACACUAUGGGCUCGCCAGAGGAGGCGGUACUCGUUUUUAGGCAGUCCUGGUACUCGUGGUCGGAAACUGAAGCAGCAAUCCAGUGGAUCAGAGGAAUCAUAAGGAACGACACGUCAUAGGAACUGCAAUGCCAAGGGUCGAGGGAAGCGGUGUUGGGAGAUGAGCGUCAGUGACAGAAAUCGGAUCGGAGUUGGCACCUGUAUUUACGAAGAAUGCAAGAUUCUUGCGACACGUUGUAUUAAAAUUCGUUUUCUG